AUGGCCGUACUUACCAUGCAUAUCGGCCAGGAACUUAUCUUCUUCCCAAUGAUCAGCGGGAACAAGAUAGAGUUGCAUCAUGUAUACCGUCUCUGUCUAGAAGGAGACCUGUGCAAGACACAACUGCAGCACCCACAGCGUGUACUUGAUAUAGGCACUGGAACAGGAAUUUGGGCAAUUGAAGGUGACAUAUAUGCCCUUGAAACCAGUGCUGCAGACGAAUUUCCAUCCGCCGAGAAUACGCUGACCUCCAAGAGGGUUUCACCAAAUGUCAGCUUUUUCAUCGUCGAUGUCACUCAGGAAUGGGCAUUUCCCAUGGACCAAUUUGAUUUCAUUCACGUCCGCGGUCUCUCGGGGUGUAUAGAAAAUUGGUGCGAGUUCUUGUCGCAGUGCUACAAUCAUUUGAAGCCCGGUGGCCAAGUUGAAGUGACAGAGAUUCGACCGCGAGAGAUCCAAGGUCGGAACUGGGACCCUACAACCGGUUUGGUAACUGUUCUUGAGAAUACUGGCUUUGAAGAUAUUCGGUCUACCAGCUACUGCUGUCCUGUGGGGACAUGGUCAAAGGACCCUAAGUUGAAAGAGAUUGGGCGGUUGACCCGUCCUCAAUUCCUUCAUGGAGCCAUAGACAGCUAUACUCUUGCAAUGUAUGACUGA